AUGAAGGCUGCCUAUUUUCUAGUUUUCUUUUUUCUCUACUCCUCCUUCUCAUCUUUCUCUUCUGCUCUAACUGAUGCUGAAGCGUCCUUCAUUGCCCGUCGCCAGCUCCUACAUUUUCACGCAGGCCAUGACCUGCGCGGCGACCAUGAAUAUGAAGUUGAGUUGAACUUGAAGUUUCCACAUCCCAGGCUUAGACGUGCAUACGUUGCACUUCAAGCUUGGAAAAAGGCCAUAUACUCAGACCCUCUUAAAACUAUUGAGAACUAGGUCGGUGCAAAUGUUUGUGCUUACACUGGAGUAUUUUGUGCCCCGGCUCUGGAUGACCCACAGUUAGAGGUUGUGGCUGGCAUUGACAUCAACCAUGCAGACAUUGCAGGGUACCUUCCUGUUGAAUUAGGCAUGUUGAGUGACAUUGCCGUGUUCCACAUCAACACGAACAGGUUAUGUGGUAUCAUCCCUAAGAGCUUUGCUAGGCUAACUCUUCUCCAUGAGCUCGACGUUAGCAACAAGCGCUUUGUGGGAUCGUUCCCGGAGGUGGUCCUGCAAAUUCCAAACCUCAAGUACCUUGACCUCAGGUUCAAUGACUUUGAGGGGAAAUUGCCUCCUGAGCUCUUCAACAAGGAAUUGGAUGCCCUGUUCUUGAACAACAACAGGUUCACAUCCACCAUCCCUGACACUCUUGGCAACUCCCCCAUCUCUGUUCUUGUGGUAGCAAACAAUCAUCUCGAGGGCUGCAUCCCUAAUAGCAUUGGAAAAAUGGUAAACAAUUUGAAUGAGGCCAUCUUCUCCCAUAACAAGUUUGCUGGGUGUUUGCCUCCUGAAAUUGGGUACCUCUCAAACGUGACUGUGUUUGAUGUUAGUUCAAACACAUUGAGUGGGCUCCUGUCCAAGACUUUCAAAGGCCUUGAGCAGGUGGAGGAGUUGAACAUUGCACACAACAUGCUAACUGGGUUUGUUCCCAAGAGUCUCUGCAAAUUGCCUAGCUUGGGAAAUUUUACGUUUUCCUACAACUACUUCAACGGCGAGGAUCAAGAAUGUGUGCCAUCUUCUUGGAAGGACACACUGUUUGAUGACACAAGCAACUGCUUACCAGAUAGGCCUAAGCAGAAGUCAGCAAAACAAUGUCAAGUUGUGGUGAACAAGCCAGUGGAUUGUGGCAGGGCAAAGUGCGGAGGUCGACCAGCACCUUCAAAACCUUCUUCUCAUGCACCCAAGGAGGAGCCACCCAAACAACAACCUCCUAAAGAGGAACCACCCAAAGAACAAUCGCCCCAAGAAGAAACUCCCACACUAGAGCCACAACCACCUAAACCAGAGCUAUCUCCGGAGCCAGUUCCAGAGACUCCAGAACCAGUUGCCAGCCCCCCUCAAAUAGUGGUAGCACCAUCACCACCCCCACUCACACCCACAAGGCAAAGUCCCAUUGUUCCGGUUCGCCCUCACUCACCACCAAUUCACUCUCCACCACCACCAGUCAACUCACCCCCACCACCUGUCCACUCUCCUCCACCACCCAUAGCAACACCGCCAUCGCCCGCACCCACGCGACAAAGUCCCAUUGUUCCAAUUCGCCCUGACUUACCACCACCCCCAGUCAACUCACCCCCACCACCUGUCCAUUCUCCUCCACCACCCAUAGCAACAUCACCAUCACCUUCACCCACACGACAAAGUCCCAUUGUUCCAAUUCGCCCUGACUCACCACCACCACUUGUCCACUCUCCUCCACCACUUGUAAUAACACCACCAUUGCCAGAACCCACAGGGCAGAGUCUCAUUGUUCCAAUUCGACCUGACUCACCGCCACCCCCAAUCAACUCCCUUCCACCACCUGUCCACUCUCCCCCACCACCUGUAGCAACAUCACCAUCGCCAGCACCCACAGGGCAAAGUCCCAUUGUUCCAAUUCGCCCUCACUCACCACCUGUGAACUCAUCCCCACCACCAAUCCACUCUCUUCCACCGUCGGCUUCACCCACGGGGCAAAGUCCUAUUGUUCUAGUUCACUCUCCUCCACCCCCAGUCCACUCACCACCACCACCAUCAAUUCACUCUCCUCCACCACUAAUCAACUCUCCACCACCACCACCAGUCCACUCUCAUCCACCCCCAGUCAACUCACCCCCACCGCCAGUUCACUCACCUCCUCCCCUAGUGUAUUCACCUCCACCACCAGUUCACUCUCCACCACCACCAGUCCACUCUCCUCCACCCCCAGUCAACUCGCCCCCACCACCAGUACAAUCUCCUCCACCUCCAGUUCACUCUCCACCACCCCCAGUCAACUCUCCACCACCACCACCCACCCAGUCUCCACCGCCUCCAGAAAACUCCUCUCCACCACCUUCUCCUUCUCUUUCACCUCCUCCUCCCGUUGUCUCAUCACCCCCUCCAGUAGAUGACUUUGUUUUGCCACCAAACUUCGGCUCCCAAUACUCAUCUCCACCUCCACCAAUGUUCCCGGGCUAUUAAGCAUUAUGACAUCAGACCCUUCAAAAAGCAACUGUUUUUAAUUUUUUUUAAAUAUAAAUUAUACAAUCUCACAUAAAUGCACCCACUAUUGUUAGUCGAUCAUAGCUUGUACUUCAUGACAUCAAUCAAAGUGUA